AUGAGCUGGUUGUCGACGAAGACUCGCCCUGACCUCGCGCUAGCGGUUAACAAACUGCAGCAGAGGACUGCAGCACCUCGCGAUGAAGACCUUGCAGCCAUCAAGGGCAUGUUUCGCUAUCUGCGAGGUACGAUGAAGCUUGGGAUUGCUUUGAAUAGCUCCAGCAACGAUGGUGAGAAUGAUUUGCAUGGUUAUGUCGACGCCUCGCAUCAGGACUGCACCGAUGGCCACUCAACCGAGGGGUAUAUCUUCUUCAUGAACAACACGCCUAUCUCCUGGCGAUCGGCGAAGCAGAAGGUUGUUGCCCUAGCUCAACCAUCGCAGAACUAUGAGAAGAAGGUCUGCAUCAAGACCGAUUCUGAUAAUGCAGUCGCCUUGCUGAAGAAGGACGGCUACUCGUCAACAACGGAGUGGAUUGAUAAUCGCUACUUCUUCGUCAAAGAAGCGAUGAAGGAGGGCCUCAUCGAACUUAUUCUGAUCAGCGACGACGACAAUAUCGCUGACGGGUUGACUAAACCCCUCGCUGUCGCCAAAUUUGAUAAGUUCCAAGCAUCUCUGACUCUUACUGAACCCCCGACAGCACUGAAUGACGAAACUGGGACCGACCGACAUGAAGUUGACUACAAUGACGACGAUUCUGACGAAAUUGACAAAGACGUUGAUGAAUUGGCAUGA